CCCUGCCCCACCCAUCUCAUCGCAUCUCGCCAACGCUCCAAACCAAAGCAAUCACCCGAGCAAAGCGCGGGCAACGAGGCAUCGUUUCCUGUGUUUCUGCGAUCGGUGGGGGAUCCCAGUUGUACAAUGGGAGCAGCGAAGAAGCCGUCGUUCGGGACCCGGGCGUGGCGGAUGCUGCGGCUGGCGGUGCUCUGGGCGCGCAGGGGCGGCGCGGCGCAAAGCCUGCGCCUCCUCAGGACGCUCCGUCGCCACGGCCACGGCUUCGCCACCCUCGGCGGGGCGCGCGGCGACCGGCUCCGCUACGGCGAGCGCGAGUUCUCCAUCGACGAGACGCCGGCGUUCCGGUUCCGCACCCCGUCCGCGCGCGUGCUCCGCCUCAUCCCCUGCAUCGCCCCGGCCGUCCCGGACACCCCGGGGCUCUACGGCGACGACCGCUACUUCUUCUGCGCCGCCAGGGAGAGGGACGGCGACCGCGCUGCGUACUGCUACGGCGCCGACCGGGAAAGCGAGUGCGAAAACGACGAGGAGAGCUGCGCGGACGAAGAGCAGCUGCUGGAGCGCGCAAUGGCGGAGGCGUGCCGCGCGAGCACGGCCGCGGAGGAGGGCGGCGAGGACGCCGGGGUGGACGUGAAGGCGGAGGAGUUCAUUGCAAGGUUCUACGCGCAGAUGAAGCUGCAGCGCCAGAUCUCGUGGCUGCAGUACAACGAGAUGAUGGAGAGGAGCAUCAGCUAGACUGCUUCAUCCCUUGUCACUAGUGGCAGUUGAUUUUGAGCUUCAGUUCAUCGAUACACGUACAUGCACAGCACCUACAUACAGAGCUACUCACACACUGAACACGUUCUUGAAUCCGUGUCCGAUUUGGUUGUUAGGUGCUCGUUUGUUUGUGCGCUUCAGGAUGCAUGAUUAGGCGGGCACUAGAUUGAUUGGUUUCCAGGGUGUUCGCCCUUCGGUUGUACAGGACGUGCAUGGUUUAGCUCGGAAUGAUGCUUCCUCUGAUUA